AUGCCUGAGAUUGCCGAAGUCGCGAGAUGUGUACAUUUCCUCCGCCAGCAUCUGGUUGGAAAGAGAAUCUCCAAGGUCACCGCCGUCGAUGACAAUAAUGUAUUCGGCAAGGUCGGUACGUCCGGCCCAGAGUUCGAGAAAGCCUUGAAGGGCCGUACGAAUGAUCGGACCGCGUACACCAACUACUACAAGAAAAUGAACCCAGAGGAAGAAGAACAGUGGCCACCGAAAUACUGGAAGUUCCAGAUUGAGACUGAGGGCAGCCCGGCAGUCCGCGUAGCAUUCACCGAUCCCAGACGGUUUGGGCGAGUCCGUCUCGUCGACUGUCCCGGUGACCAAAUUCGCAAGACCAGUCCUCUCGUGGAGAACGGACCUGACCCGGUAGUCAACAAAGACGUGUUCACGGAGCAGUAUCUGAGGGAGAAGAUGCGCAAGAAGCAUGUCCCUCUCAAGGCUUUCAUCUUGGAUCAAGCAAUGAUCAGUGGCAUAGGCAACUGGGUUGCCGAUGAGAGUCUGUACCACGCAAGGCUUCACCCAGAACAGUACAGCGACGACUUCACAGACGAGGAGAUCAAGCGGCUUCACGAUUCCAUCACGAAUGUCUGUCAGACAGCUUGUGACUUGCUCGCCGACUCGGACGAGUUCCCCGAUGACUGGCUGUUCAACCACCGAUGGGGAAAGGGCAAGAAGACCGCGAGCGCGCUUCCCAACGGAGAGAAGCUGGCUUUCAUCACGGUCGGAGGGCGGACUAGCUGCUACGCGCCAAGCCUACAGAAGAAGACCGGCAACGUCGCGCCAGGCAUCAAAGAGGAGCCACUUGAGAACGGCGACUCGGAGGAGAAACCGAAGAAACCGAGGGGCAAAAUGACGAAGGCGCAGGAGCCUGACGAGGUCCCAGACCCUGUGAAGAAGUCUAAGGCCAGGAAGUCCAAUACCGACGCUGCUGAUGAUGACGACGACGAGGAUCAGCGGCCGCGGAAGAAGAGCAAGGUGAAGAACAAUGACGUAAAGACAGAACCUUCGGCUUCCAAGUCAAAGACCAAUAAGAAAAAGAAUGGCUCGGCGGUGGAGGAGGACACAGGCAGGCGACGAUCGGCGAGACUUAGCAGAGGUGCCUAA